AUGUUGAUUAAUAAUGAAUGCUAUAGUAAUGAAAUUGAAAAUAUUCAGUUGGACUAUGCCAAAUGUGUGUUGAGAGAUGCCAACAAUGAAAAACACCAAGUACGUACCAUAGUGACUGAUAAUAUGAUAAAAACACUAAAAGAUGUGUUGCAAAAUGUUGAAGACGAACCAGGAAAAAAGCAGAAAUCUCAAGAUCCAACAGUUUGUGUAGCAGAGAAUAGUCAGGCUGAGUCUCUGUAUAACGCAGAACAAGAGAUUGCUAAUUAUGGGCUCUGUACACCCGAAAGACAAAAUACAUUGCAUGUCAGGUAUCGUUCACCGGAACAACAGGAAAAAGAGGAGGGAGAGGAAGAUACACUCUAUGAAACUUCUGUAUUUAACCCUUUUUUUGAAAAGCCUUCUGUGAAUGAAGACAAUUUCAAGGAGAAUAAGAUGGGUCCUUGGUGUUUGAGCAAUGCAAAUCACAAAGAAAUCAAGAUUGCUUUUUUGUCAAUUAAGAAGAAAAACAUGUGGAAGUUGGAGACAAGUGGUAGAGUGGUAGAAGAAAAACUAUAUAAUCUUGGCCAUGGUCUGGAAUUUGAGCAUGGAGCCCACUCAUUUAUUGUGGAUGUGGAUGAUGAGUUAAUAAAACAGCAUUUUAGUGAAGCUGAACAUCUAGAAAUGGAGAAUGAAUGUGUUCCAGAAAUACCACAGCUGUCACAAGACAUUAUAGAUUAUCUUAUCAAAUUUAACAAUAAAAAAACACUAAAGGAGAUAUGUAAAGCAAUUAAUGAACCAGAUGAAAAGUUGGAUAUGAAAUAUGAUCAAGAUGCUUACCAUGAUCUAGAUUACAUUAGAUUUGCGUUAUAUGCACUGGUUAGGGAAAUUGAGAAUGGAGGAUUAAAAGGCCAGAGUUUUGCAGAUUUGAAGGGGACAUCUGUUGUGAAAGCACCAGUGCUGCGAAUGCUGAGUGGAAGAACACACAUAGAACAGAUACGAACACUCAGAGAAAGUAUGGACACCGAGGCAAUUGGAUCUUAUGACGAAUUGGAAAUGGUGAACGUGAUGAAUAUGGUAUUGGCGAAGUGGGAAAGUUGUG